AUGUUGUCAUUGCCUCGAUUGGUCGGCAGGUCCAUUGCACGGAAACCCAUUGCUGCAGCAUGUGCUACUCGAUUCUACGCUGCUGUUGACAACAACAAACGUUUUCGCCAUGCCGAAUUGAACGAGGACAGCAUUCCACAACUCAACAAGGUCGAUUCUAUUCUUGAUUUUGCCGAGACGAAGCCAAAGACACUUGAUCAGGACAAGCUGUUCCCUUCACACCGUCCCACCGAAAUGGUCUUGAAUGCUGUCAACGACUUUGUGGAUACGCCCUUGUCAACCGCCGAACAAAUGCGACUUUUCAAAAAGGCCUUGGUGGUGAAGCGUGUUGUCAACAUGAACGGCAAGGGCAAGCAACCCUCCAUGUAUGCUCUCGUGGUUGUAGGCAAUGGCAAGGGUUUGGCUGGCUAUGGUGAAGGCAAGGAUGAGGAAGCGGCUCGUGCUGUCUUCAAGGCUACCAACAAGGCUAUCAAGAACCUCCGUUACUUUGAUCGUUAUGAUGAUCGCACGAUCCCCAUGGAUAUUGAGCACAAGUUCCAUGCUACUCGUCUUGAACUUAGAAGCCGACCUCCAGGAUUUGGUUGCCGUGCCAACCACUACAUUCACGAGAUUUGUCGAUGCAUUGGUAUCCAGGAUUUGAGUGGCAAGGUGCGUGGAUCACGAACGCCCAUGAAUGUUAUCAAGGCUACUUUUGAAGCGCUAUCGAACCAAAAGAUGCCACAAGAUAUUGCAAAGAUGCGUGGAAAGAAGGUGACCGAUGUACAAGGCAUAUAUUACGGUAGCCAUUAG